AUGUCCACGAAAGAGAUUCGAAUUCGCCCAGCGGGCUGGGAGAGCGCUCCUGCAGAGGAGCAAUUUGCUCUCUCUGAUAUGGAUCACACAAUGCCAAAGAUCUAUGUCCAGAUAGUGGAAGUCUUCAAGCUCGCAGCACUUUUCGACAAGGCCAAGGUCGUGGACAGCAUGGCAAAGGGUCUCGAGUUUACAUUGAGCCAGUAUCCCAUCCUCGCUGGCGGCUUGAAGAUGGAUGCGGACAAUGGUCGUUUGUGGGUGACGAAGAGGAAGGAUAGUGCAGUCAGUCUGUUCGUGCAGGACUUGGAAGAAACAUUCCCGUCGUUUGAAGAGCUGGAUAGGACCGAUUUCCCCGCCGCAACUCUCAAAGGACACAUGUUGUUGCCCAAGGCCGUGACAGAGAAACAACUGUUCUCGCCUCUUGGGGACAACCAGGAGGACGACCUUAUCAUAUCGACGUUUCAAAUCAAUUUCAUCAAAGGCGGUCUUGUCCUCGGGGUCGCUAUCCACCAUAACUGUUCCGACGGCCCGGGAUGUGAUGGCUUCCUCACUACUUGGGCGCAGAAUUCCGCAGCGGUGGUCAGUGGGACUUCCUUUGAAGCGGUACCCGAAGGAACGAUGGACCGAUCGCGUCUCAGUGCAAAGAAGCCGGACGCCGGGCGAUGGAAAGAACUUGACCAGAAGUUUCCAGUGCUCAAGGAUGGCGGCGGGCCAGCUCCUCCACCAGCCGACUUCAAGAUGCCCGAAUUGGCCAUUCGAAUGUGGCAUUUCCCCAAGAGUAAGACGGAGGAACUCAAAUCUCGGGCGAUGAGACAGACAGGAGAAAGUUGGAUCUCGACUUACGACGCGAUCAUGUCGAUUCUCUGGAAGAGUAUCACGAGAUCCAAGCUUGAGCUUCUCCACCCUGACCUUGGCAAGGAGGUCAUACUAGUACACGCAGUCAAUACACGAAAGGUGUUGGACCCGCCCUUGCCAGAGAGAAUGAUGGGCAAUGCCGUUGCGCUUCCCCGCACGGAGCCGAUUAGGAUAUCCGAACUCCUUGGUGAAGAUAAUCUCCCAGAGAUCGCGCAAAGAGUGCGAAAGUCGAUCAAGACUAUCACUCCACAGUACGUUGCUGAGCUGCCUGAAUGGAUCGCAGGACUGGGCGAUAGGCGGUGGAUCAAUAUCAACAUGAGUUCGUUCCUGGGUAUGGACUUGGCGGGUACGAGUUGGCAAGGCAUGAACGUAUACCAGAAACAUGACUUCGGCUUCGGUCUCGCUAAGGCUAUUCGUUUUCCGGAUCCUCAGUUUGAAGGCUAUGUUUUUGUGUAUCCGAGCAGAGCGGAUGUCAAAGAGAAUGCCAUUGACGAAGGUAUCGAGGUUUGCGUGUGCUUAGAAGAAGGAUGCCACGAUCGAUUGAUGAAGGAUACCGAGUUGCUUAGAUAUGCACAACCUCGCGGUAAAUAG